AUGAGGCAGCAAGAGAAAGACAGUGAAUGUGACGACGGGGAGCCACGUCGUCAAGAUGAGGCCGAGGGCGAAGAGCAAAAGGCGUCAUGGAAAAGAAAGGUUUCAGGAAUCAAAGUCCAGAACGCAAGUGUAGCUUUUGUCUCAAAAGGCGCGCCGGAAAGGCCCCUCCCACAGUUUUCGCUGUUUCUGCGACAGCCCAUCGCGGAAGCCCGACAGGACAGCAAUGCGAGGGAACACCGAGACAUGGAAAUAGCCGAAGGGGAUAGGAGAGGCGAAUGCGCGGAAGGAAUGCGGGACCAAGAUGGGGAACCAGGCAGAGACAAAGGGAAGGGACACGGAAAGGAACAGGCACAGAAGGAAAUCGUGGAGGAAAGGAGGGGGCGACGGAGCGAAUGCGAGCUCCAGGAAGAGGGACAGCGAUCGAGUGAAGGAGAGAGAGAGGAAAAAGGACGGAGGACGUGGCUGACGCCUUCCCCUCCAGGCGCCGCAGCGUGUGAAAGAGACACAGAGAUGUCUGCGCUCGAUGACCUUUCCCCGUUGAUCGCUUUGGUAGUGCGAAGCACUGCCGUUGAGGCUGGCGAGGGUGACGACGGGGGGGAAGCGUUUGCAUCAGAACACGCAGAAGAAAAGGAGACAGAGAAUCUUGAGAUCGAUCACGAGGAGCGAGAUGACGGGCGGGAACUGCGAGAAGCAGUUGAGGAAGGAGGGAAGAGCGAGGGAGGGCUUAGAGGAGACAGAGAGGAUCGAGAAGAGCCGGAGAAGAACCUAGGGGAGCAGCAAGACACAUCGGACCAAAAAAAAACUGGAGCAGUCGAUGAACAGAAGGUCAGCAGCAAGGCACGUGUAGGUGCGAAGGAGGAAGACGUCGAUGCAGAAUCGUCGGGCCGAGGCGGAAAAGCGAGCGAACCGGUGUGUUUGCCAGAUCAAAGCCAAUGCCCUCCGAAACCCGAGCCGGGGUCUUGGCUCGGUCCCGGCUCCGUUUCCUCAGCUUCCUUGUCGCCCGUCGCAUCCUCGUCUCCGUCUGAGGCUUCGGCUGUCGUUUCUGCCUUGUGUGCUUCUGGAGCCAGCGUUGCAUCUCCAGCCUCGUCCGUUUCUUCCGCUUCGGCCUUUCUCCAAGUGUUUUCUGCGACAGUUUCGUCGCUUCCGUCGUCUCCCGAUUCGCCUAUUUCUGUGUGGUCUCCCGCUUUCGACGGAGAUGUUGAAAGCGGACUGGAGGCUCAGCUUCCGGGGUCUCCGGCUUCUCCACGCUCCUUUUGCGCUCUCGCCAUCCGGACCGAAGUCGAUCUCCGUGACCCUCCAUCGCAUCGGUUCUGCUUUCUGCGGCCUUCGCUGUUGCACAAGAGGACAAACGCGAAGGGGAGAGGGAGCAAGAGAACGAAGCGGAGGUUUGUGAGGAAAGCUGCAGAUAGCAUGAGGACUCAAGGUGGAAAACACGACGCAGCUGCCUCCACUAAGCCCGCAAACGCCGGGAGUGAGUGGCGAGACUCUGACGCGUCAGGCGGCCGAGCUUCUUUCCCCACUCUUGGACAGGAACAUUCCGGAGGUGCGCCGGACUCCACGAGGGAACCGAGCGACCAGGCGCGCCUUCCUGCCUGUGCUUCACAGCCUGAGGCGUCGCCCCGUGCUACGCCUGCUUCCUCGUCGCCUCUGUUUGCGCCCUCCUCUGUCUCCUCUUCCGUUCCGUGGCCUGGCUGCGUCCGCACUGUCCUCCCUUCGCGUCCUCGCCGACCGAGCCGAGACGGACUGGCGGCCUCGCCCCGGCUGCCGCUCUUCGUCAGCGUGGCGUCAUCUGCAACUUCGAUGGACGUGAGCGCGCCUCGGCGGUCUCUGUCUAGCUCAGACGCAAGGCCUGCGACGGAUGCGGCGGCGCAGGAAGCUCGAGGCGAACCGGUGGAAUCGGACGAAGUCGCGUGUGGAGGAACGCACCCUGCUGACGUCGCUGGAGCACGGCUGGGAAGACGCCGCGACGUGGGAGAGACUCCGCGGUGGGCAGAAGACGCAGGCUGUCCAGAGCAGCGGGCGGCAAGGCCAGAGGGGGAGAGCGAGGAGGCGAAAGAUGACGAUGGAAGAGACGGGCACGACCGGGGCAAAUGGCCGCACGGACGGGGGGGAGCCUUCGCUGAUGAAGAGAGUCAACACCAACAGGCACCGGGGGCUCCACGAACUGCGACAUUCAGGGAAGCAGCCGAGCUGUCGUUGGCGUCUCGGUGCAUGGAUAAGGAAAAAUCCCUUGAGGCUUCGGCUGUUUCUUCAUCCCUGUGUGCUUCUGCCGCUUUGUCGGAUUCUUCGUCCUUGUCGGAUUCUCCGUCCUUCUGUGCUUCUGCCGCUCUGUCGGAUUCUCCGUCCUUGUCGGAUUCUCCGUCCUUGUCGGAUUCGUCCGCUGAGUUUUCGUCUUUUUCAUCGCGCCCAGGUGCGGCUGUAGCUCUAGACCGAGGGGGGACCGGAACUGGCGAGGAAGAGAUGAGGCGCGCAGUCCCUGGAUCAACUGGAACCUCGGAGGGAGAGGAGAGACGAGCGCCAGGACGGAGAGAGGAGCGGAUAGCAGGCGAGAGUGGGAAGCCGAGGAAGAAAGUCCCAGCAAGCCGGGAGCAACGAGAAGAGAAAGGGAGGCAGGGCCCCCGCGAAGAGAGCCGAGAAAGCGUCGCGAAUCGAGGAGUUGUCCACGAACGGGAACGAGAAGAAGCGAACGUAGGCAAGGGAGCGAGUCGAGAGGCCGGUGGAGCAGGAGACAACGAAGACGACUGCGGAGGGCCGCAGAUAGAGGAGUCACGUCGUGAGAGAGCGCGCAGCGAGUCAGAUGCGAGGCUUCAGGGGACGUGCGGAAACGACAUGUUGGGCCGUGUCUCCCGAUCUUCCUCGCCGGCCCUGGCCGCGCGUAGCGGCAGCCCAGCCCGCCCUCUGGCUGUGUCUUCGCCGUAUCUCUCUCCGAGUUACCGACAAGCUUCGGAUUCACAAGUCGUGGUGGAACUCUCGGACCAGGAAGGAGACACCCUCCACCCUGCGGCGGCUCUCCGGGCUUCUCCCUCGCCUCUCGUGUCUUCGCUCUUGCCCGCGUCAUGCGCAGCUUCCUGGGCCCCGUCCUUUUUCGUGGAGUUCGAGGAAGACGGCAGCGAGAGUCGUCUGACUACCAACGUCGGCGUCGUUUGCUCUUGCGCCGACGAGCGAGAAACCGGGGACGCGUUCCCCAUCCCCGCUACACCUGCGGCGUCAGUCGAGCCUCUCGGCGACCGCGAAGGCGCGAAUGUCUCUGCUUGGGCGGCCACGGAGAGGCAGGGGCUCGGGGGAGCGCGACGCGUUUCGAGCCCGGAAGGCGGACGAGAAACCCCGGCGAAAGCACGGGAGAACCAGGCUCCAGCGAUCCUCCUGACGGACGAGGAAGACGCAUCCUACGGAGGGGAAACUCGCCUACAUCCGCGGCGACCGUCGCGGUUGCGCGUCGAAGACGACAGGGUGGAAGCGGAGGAGCAGAGCGGAUCUGAGGUUUGGGGAGACGAGCGGGCAAGUCGAAUCGCGAGGCCUCAAGAAGGCGACGGCGAGACAGGAGCCGGAACCGAUUCGAGGCUUACGAGACAGGAGGAAAGGGUUCCUCGAUUUCGAGGGGGACAGGACCAGCUUCGUGCUCCGGCAGCGGCAACUGCGACUGCCUCACUCUGUCGGUCGGAAGCACCCGGCGGAAGGCGUCAGGAUAAUGUCGCCGUCGGUGCCCCGGCGCAAACGCGCUUUCUGUGCAGCCCUGCGGUUGCUGCGUCGCCUGAGGACCAUUCGAGUUCCGGUUCUUCGCCGUUUGCCUCCGGUGGACGCCAAGCUCGGCUCCGUCGGGGCGGAACGGCGGCGCGCGCGAAGGCGACAGAGGCGGCUGGAGAGGGCGAGAGAGACAGGGAGAGACAGGAGAAGGCAAUCCUGGGACACCGAGCAGGCCGGCCUUCUGGUCGCAGCGCGUCUUUUGCCGUUCUGUCACAGGUCGGCGGGCGUGCUAGCGGCGAUGUCGCAUGGAGAUCGACGUGCGAAGAUAUUUCGGGGAGAGGUGAGAUGGCAGAGGCGAGAAGCACAGGCCAAGGAAGGUGGAAGGAACCCGGAGAACGAGCGGGAACUCUGCACAGAGAAAAGCGGCACCCCGGCGCGGAGAAGUUGCGUCGGCCUGUAGGAGGUUCGAGGACGAGGCAUGCAAGAGGGGGCCUUGAGGCCGCGGGGUGGGAACACGAGGGUGGAGACACAGCGGACGGCCGGAAACGCGAGGCGGACAAAGUGCAUCGGCUUGACAGAGAGAAAGGGCUGUAUCGUAGCAUUUCUGACGAAGAGGAACAGUCUCACGACUUUGACGAAGACGCGGGUGAGGAAGUCUCGACGCGUGCGGUGGCUGCCUGGCGCCUCCCCGAGUGUCUCAAGACCGUCCCUGGUCGCGUGCCUUCGAGCCCCUCUUCUGCUUCGGGUGUCCCCCUACGGGAGGUUUCGCCCUCGGCUUCGUCUCUCUCGUCACACUCUCGCUCUGGCGCGGUCGCCCCGCAGCGACGGCAUUCCUUGGCGCUGCCGCUGCCUCCGACCGCCCCGGGCUUCUCGGCGCGGGCCUCCGGAGCCGCAGAGAUCGUCUGGAGGUGCACGACCGCGACUGAGGCAGGGACGCGCGAGAGCCGGUCGCCUGCGAGCACUCGGGUGGCGCCUCCGGACGCGCAGGCUUCGCCUUCUUCCCAGGCGGACAGGCGUCUCUCUUUGCCGUCUCCGUGUGGGGCUUGGCCCGGGGCGUUUCCGCACUGGAGGGCCGGCGGGGAGGCGUGCGAGAGAGAAGGAUGCCUGGACCAGAAGGCGAAGCAGUCGAGCGUGUUGCCGGCGAAGCCGUCGGAGGCUUUCCCUGAUUCGCGCACAUCGCCCGCUAUGCGACUCCACGCUCGUCCUGUCUCAUGCGCGCGGGGGGCCCGCGGGCCGCCGAGUCGACAGGCUGAGGCUGCGGCUGAGAUCGCACAAGGGUCGGCGUUUGUCGCGGGAUCGAACGCGGCACGAGAGGAAAGAAGGGGGGGGCCGGGAGGAGAGAGGGACGACUGCAAGGGAGCGGAAAAGCCGCUUAGACAACUCGAAAAAAGCGAGGCGCGCAAAGGAGGCGAGCGAGAGCGGAGGCAGAAACAGGGAGGAGCGAGACGGCCCCCGCCGUCUCGGGUUCAAGAGCAGACGGAGGCCGGUGCGGAGUGGCAAACGCGCGGCAAGGUCUCGGUGGGGGCGGCGGCAGGCGGGGAGGAGAGACGAGGCGACGAGAAGGUGGGUGAAACGCGAAGCUCGCCGCGGAGAUCGACUCCGUACGGUGUACGCGCUCUACCGUCCGCCCCGUCGAGACAGCGGAUAGAGAGAGAAAAGACAUCUACUCGGCUCUUUCCCAAGCGGCGACAGGAGCGGCCUCACGUGAAAGCAGGUUUUCCCGCGGGAGAGCGACAGGCGCGGGGGUUGCGGUCCGUUUUGUCUAUAACGGUGGAGACCGACGAGGAGGACGAAGUGGACAUGAGACGGAGAGACGAGCACCGAGCCAGCAGAGACCCAGAUCGGUCUAGCCUCCGGCGCUUGCUUCAGGGUUCACGGCUCCGAAUUGAAACAGAUGAGUCGUCCGAGGAAGAACGACGCGCACCUCGUCGGGCUUUUCGCGCGCCCGUGUCGCACAGUCGCUUUCCUUUGAGUUCUUCCGCCUCUUCGCAGUCCUCCUCUUCUUUUCGUGCUUCGUCGGAGUCUGUUUCGCCUCGGCCGCGAAGCAGACAGAACGCCAAGAGGGCGGGAGACCGCGCCGCGCGACGAGGAGGCCAUGCGGACUUAAGCUCCGACGGGAGUGUCGUCGAGGACUUGCAGUUGCUGACAAGUCUCCAGAGGGGAGGCGAGACGAAGCGAGACAGGAAUCCGCACGCAGUGGCGAGUGGAGAAGAGACGGAAGCCGGAACCUUGGGAGGAGUCGCGCGAGGAGGCGACGGAAAGACCAGAAAAGGAGCAGGAGGCACUCGAGUCGCUUUGCGAAUUGAGACUGACGGAGAGGAAGACAGAGAGCACGCGACGGAGAUGACGCAGCUCGGGCGGAAAAAGUUCAGCGAGAAUUCCAGUCUUCUCUCGUCGCGUCCGGCCAGGAAUGUCUCUGAGGAAAGGGAGACGUCACCACGACGUGCGGGAAGCCUCGCGGUAACGAAAGGGACAGAUCAAACGUCGCGGGAGAAGCUUGAGGAGCCGAUGGUAGCAAGAACACCCACUGCUGGCGAGGAACCGAAAGCGAACCUGCAAGCCAGCAAGCGAGAGAAAAUCAGUGGGAAGGCCGGAUUUGGAGUCGCGAAUUUGCCGGGAGCAGCCGACCAAACAGCCGAGCACGAAGAACCCAAGGAACAUCCACGCGGUGGAAUAUUGCAUUCGUAUGCAUCGGACAAAGGGUAUGCGAGACAAGGCUACGCCCAGUCGUCUGCGCUCUCCCGGAGAGCCAGCAGCCAAGACGCCGGGGAGAGAAGCCGAGACGACAGCAAGGACCGGCUGCUUCGCGGACGCGACAGAGCGGGAGGAAGCGAGGCCGACGGAGGGGCCAGGGACAUCGUUGCCGGGUUGAAGACGGACGCGGUCUGGCGAGCAUCGCACUGGUGGCGAGCGGCUCUCGACUCGUUCUUCACGGUGUCUCUGCUCAGCAGCUACGAGCUCGUCGGCACCCGCGGGGCUGCAGGCGUUUUGCGGGGCGAAUUGCCGUGGAGCUUCCGCCAAGUCGUGAAGGAGUCUCAAAGGGUCGGCCUCGAGGCCCGGGAAAAGUGGGCCGAUCAAGAACUGCUCCUUUGCAAAGAAAUCGGAUACUUUACAGCGGCGGCGCGCGCGGCGGCAGUCGUGCUCUCGCACACGUACCCUGCGGGAGAUUUCGACGCCGCCUCGAACCAGGAAUUUUUAGCUUCUGAGGGAGACGAGAGACGCGGCGCGAAGCGAAAGAGCACCGUGGAUCAGGCGAAGCCCGGUGUCGCAGGGUGCUUCGUCGAGGUCACACCGCAGAACCUGCCGGUCGUCUGGAGAGUCUACAGACCCAAAUUUGAGGACGACAAGCUGUUUGUUUUCGACAGCCUGGUCUUGACUGUCGUCCACGGCUCACGCCGCCACGGAAUAUCCACGCGUUCGGCUCGGAAGGUCUACGCGAACGAUUACAAAGGGCGACAGGCUGCAGCCAGCGUCAUCUACCAGAUGAACUUGACAGCGGAUCUCACCUGCGACGCGGAAGCCGAGGAAUUCCUCAUGUCCGACGUGCACCGGCGGCAUCUGCAGUUUGCCAGAAAAACGCAGAAUCUCGACGUUUCCCGAACCGACUACGCGCUCCCUGUUUGCACCCUCGUCGACUACGCGGGCCAGCGGAUCAUGGUGGAGCCGCUCAUGCCCAUCGACCCCGAGCCGGUCAGCGUCGAGAAGGAGUUGCUGGAGCGUCUAAAGAAAGAACUACCCUUCUAUGUGCAGCAGUGCAAAGCCCGCGGAUCGGAGUAUCUCGCCCUCGACGCAGUCGACAAAAUCGACCGAAUCGUGGACCGAAAGUUCCGGUUCAUCUCCAAGAUGCUGAACCUGUUCGAAUGCCCCUUCCCCUUUGGCCACUCCGACUUCGACUCCAAGUACCGCAUGCCCCGCACCCACCUGUGGAGGUCGAGAGUUGAUCAGUUGUGCGUCCUGAGAAACCUCCAGGAGUUCCUCCCCCCCGCCGUCACCAAGGGAAAAGUUCACCCGACGCGCAGAAUGCGCGAGCGAUUCGUGCGACAAAUCUUCGACAUUCCUCUGCCGAACACGGCGGCGGCUCCCUGGACAGCAAAAACGGAGAACACGGUCUCGAAAUUCAUGCGCGCCAAGAAGCCUGGCAGUGGCGUGGAGCUGCUCGAAGUUGCCCACGACGCACUCGUCGAAUGCGUCGAGGACGAUCUUGUACCAACCAUCGAAGCGCUGCACGUGAACUUCCUCGACAGUUCGGAUGUCUCGCACGCUCUCCAUGAACAGGGCGUCAACAUGAAGUCGCUCGGUCUCAUGUACAGUCGAUUCGCGGGGAGUGUGUUCCGAGACGCGGUCCUGCGGGAAAUGUUGGCGAGGGCAGCGAAGCAUCUCUUCCUCAAGCAGAUGGAACUUCUUGUGCGGAAGAAAACCUACAGAAGAGUUAUUUGGGGAGAGCUCCUUCAGAGCACCAUCGUCGCUCUCUUCAACAUCGUUUUGGGGACCGCCGAAGAAACGCGCAGCUUCUGGCAGGGACAACUCCUCCCUGAGGUUGCUGAAGUAUUCGGCGUCGACUUGGUCGGCACUGUGACCCCUCGAAGCGUUUGUCUUCCUUCUCUCUUCAAGGCCAUGGAAUUCCACCUGGGGGUGAAGUUCGAGGCGACUGUUUUUCAAAAGACGCACGCAGGGGAGAACGCGUCUCUGGUGCUCCAGUUGCCGUUCACGACGGCGGACCUGUCGCACUUUACGUCGUGUCAGGACAUUUCCCUUUUUCCGCAUGUUGACUUCAUUCGCAACGUCGUAACAAACAAUGCGCGUUCCUUUCCGACCGACGCGGCCCGGUCAGCCGACGCGAGCAGAUUUCCGAGUUCCGCUGAGGGCCCGAGGCUCGGAACCUCCUCCCCGCUGCAGCAAGCGCCGGCACCGGAGAGAAAUCAAGCAAGGAGCCUCCUCGACGCGUCCGUUUCCUCUCUCUUCGGCCCCGGGGACGACGGUCACGCCGAGCAGGACGGGGAAGGAUGGGGGAACUCGCGGGAGGCUGAUGUGGGUGCGGUCUGUGAGAGACCGGAGACAGUCGGGGAGGAGAAACGCGCGAUGCACAACAGCAUAGCGUCUCUUCGCAUCUUUCGGGGGUUUUUCCCGCAAGUGAAAUCCAUCGUUCCGGCCUCCCUGGGCAUUAUUCGCACCGCGCUGGAACAGGCUGAACGCUUCCCCUCCACGGGGGACAUCUCGAUCGACGUCAAGAUCGAUCAAAUGAAAGCAGGCCUAACUGUCGCGAGUCGCCUCCCAAUGGUGUACGGAACAGCCGGCAUGGCCUCCCACGGCCUAGACGGGGCGAUCCGGGCUUCAAUCCUUGGUGUCGCCUACCCGUGUCAUCCUCAUUGUAUCAUGUCGCUGAAGCGGUCGCCGACCCUAACCACGGAGGCGGCGCAUGAGUGGGAACGAAUGGACCUGAGACAAAGAAGGGACCGGGACACGCUCGAACAGCGAACAGAGAAGCACAUGCGGAAAGGGUGUCUGAAGAAAUUUGGGCACUCUGAGAGAUGCCUCAUCUUUGAAGCCUUUCGAAUGAGUCUCGCACUCUUUCUGACGCUGCAUACGAUGGUUGCCAGCGACAUUGUGACCAUCGGGAAAAUCGUGACGCAGCUCGCGUACGUCCUUCUUCAGCACGGCAACAUCACGCAGGCGAAUGCUGCUGCGGUGUACAUCCACUCUAGAAUGCCCGAUAUUGGCUUUCUCCAUGGAGACGCGAGGCUUAUUCAACUUCAGUGCCAAGCGAAAACAGAGAAACUUUACGGUAUGGUGCAAACGUACAAGGAGCUCGUUCCCGAUUUCCUCUUCCUCGAAGGCCCCCUCUCGCUUCGGCUGAUGCUCAUGGAGCUCCUCCUCGCCGCCGUUGCUUUUCAGCACAAGCAAUACGCUGCGGCGAUUCCUCCUGGCCUCAAGGUGUACCACUCUUCUGCGCUGACUGUGAAUCCAAAUGGAUGUCACUGGACAGGCGUCGCGGCUCUGCGCCUCAUCGGGAAGAGCCUGAUGGAGCUUCAGCGUUUCUCGGAGGCGAUCAUGGUUUUGGAGGACGCAGUUCGUGGAGGCCGGAAGGACCCGUCGCUGCCAUUCUUCGUCACGUGCAUGAACCGCUACUGGCUCGCCGUGGCCCUGUCAAAAGUCGGCAGAUUCCAUGACGCCAGGAAGGAGGCCGCUGGCGCCUUGGCCGUCCUCGAGGAGCGCCUCGGAGAAAACCACCCUGCCACGCUCUCUGCCCUCUUCCUUGUUGCGGAACUGGACCAAACCAUCGGCUGCGAGAACAUUGUGGCGCCGCCCCUGAAACUCAUGGACGGGGAAGACACUUUGCUGCGCGAGUUCGGGAAAGCAGCCUCCGUGGACGUCGGGGAACUGAUGCUCUACCGGCCAAUCGGGCCGGCAGACCUCGAGAUUGUUGAGACGGUCGCGCGUGAUCGAUGCCGCGGGAAGUCCAGACAGAACGCCGUCAAGAACUUCACGACUCUCUUUAGGCGACUCCUCAGUGGAGAAAAGUAUUUGGUUGUCACGCAGGCGCUGUACCAGGACAGUCGAGCUCAGGGGACUCGGCGGCUCCUCGCUGCAGUCAAGCACACCCUGAUGGUGAAGAUGUGUGAUCUUUCUCUCCCUCUUCAAAGGGCCCUCGCGUAUCGCCUGUACGUCCUCUGCGUGAGCCAGAGCGGCACCGGCUUUCUCAAGAAACUGGCGGCGAUGGAUCGAGAGAGUCUCCUGAAGGACGAAGACGAGAGGGACCGAAAGCAAGUGGCGAGUCGCGACGACGAGUCGAGCCUCGUUCCCGGGAAGCGCGCCGGGAAAAGAAGAAAAAACGCAAAUGAAAGGGAUCGGUCGGUGUAUCUGGACGACUGUUUUAUGUUCCACCGAGCAUCCUCCAAGUACGGAACGCGGAUUGUUCCCGACACCGAAAUCCUCUCGACGUCAGUAAAAGCCGAUCCCAGCAGCCUCCCGAGUCGGGAACACGGGAAUCUGAUGAUGACGCUGCUGGUUUUUUCACGGCCGUCAGCUGACUUCUCAGACAUGCUUGAAGAAUGCAUCGAGGACUGCCGCAAACAACCGGGGCUCCUCCCUGCGGUCUGGUUCGAUCGGAUGAUCAGGCGAAUCGUUGAAGAAAAUGGAACCCCAGACGACCUGUUUUUUUUCAUCUCCAUGCUCCGGGCGUUCUUUAGCCCCAUCCAAAAGCGCAUUUUCCUUUUUUUCUUGCAUGAGGAGUAUGCAAGGACAGAUCUCGAUCCGAGUCUGUUUCAUUCUCACGCAGCCCGGAGGGAGCUCUAUAUUGAUACUGUACGAAAGCUGAUUCAAGUUCGCAUGAACAAUGCACGGUUCCGAGAGUAUCAUAGGCUGAAGAGGCUUCAGGAAAGAAACAAGAAGGAUCUGAAGAGGAGAAAACAGAAAAAACACGGUACUCUGACUGCCUUCGAUGUUACCGAACCUGACUUGACUCAUCUCGGUUACCUCGAAUACAACAUUGAAACAGCGGAACCUUCCGACGUCGACGAAUUCCUUGACGACUCAACAGACCUCAUCAACAGCUGUGUAUGGAAUGGCAUCUCGCUUCAGAAUUUGAACGUUCGUUUAACCGAGCAACUGAUCUACCAAGACGCCCUAGAGAAAGAGUACACGUCCAAGGCGAAUGUUCCCGGUCUGUCCACCGCGAAAAGCAAGGACCACGAAGGCACGAAUGUGACCGAGCCGAGAAUCGUCGACGCCGACCGGCGGCUUCUCGGAAAAGGCUGGAUUUCUGGGCGUACUUCCACGCGGACGAUGGGCCGUGCUGCGGAGAUUUCCCUUCAGAAGUUUGGCGGCCAGGCGGGUCUGGUGGCCCAGUCUCUGUCGUCUGCCUGUUUAGCUUACAACUUGGAUAAAAUCGAGGGCCUCCCUGUGUCGCAAGAAGAGGACGACCUCGCAAGGCGGCUAGCGGUGGAGGCUGGAUUCCUAGCCUAA